GUGAAAGUUGUGGAUUCUCAUCAUCACUUGUCCAUCUCUCCGGAGCAUCCGAGUUACUGGUCCCAUCUUGGAAUUUAGGAGUUUCUGUUGCAGCAGGUUUUGAAUAGUUCCUAUCUCUAUCCAUCAAGAAAAAUGAAAUCUUUAGCAGUUAUAGCCCUGGCUGUCUUAGCAAUUGCCGUUGCUUUACCAAGAAUGAAGCGACAAGCAUUCUUCCUCCCCGAUGGAGUAGAACUUAUAGUCGGUCCCAUAAAUACCAACUUCAACUGCGAGGGACUCAGAUAUGGAUACUACGCUGAUGUAGACAACAACUGCCAAAUCUUCCACGUCUGCCAUCCCAUCACACAUGCCGACGGCAACCAAGAAACCCUGCACUACAGCUUCUUCUGUGGCAACCAGACUGUCUUCAACCAGCUGACUCUCACCUGCGCCUUCCCCGAAGAUGCUGUUCCAUGCCAGAACGCCCGGGACUUUUACUAUGUGAACGACAACAUUGGCAUCGAAGACGCCCUCUUCCUCAGAGACGAGGACAUCGCCAGGGCGCAACAGGUUAUCCAGGGAAAGAAAUAAUGGAAAAGAUGGAAAAAUGUGGCUGCAACCAAUGGUGUAGGUCUGAAAUUGUUCCCCCCAACCGGCUACGAAGAUCUCAAUGAGGCUCCCCCCUUCUAGACCAAGACGUUGUUCUUUUCAACAACCAGCGCGGAGCUUAAAGUGGAUUUAGGUCUUUGAAUCUUUUUUUCUAUAAGCAGCUGACAUCAGCGCAAUUUGUCAAGCGCAAGCUGUUUCUUGGGCAUCUUCUGUUAAGUUUACUAUCCUUGGCAACUUGGGUGUGAUAUUACCUCUGGGUUUUAUGGUUGUUGAAGUGCUUCUUUUUCAAUGUGGGACUUAAUGUUAUUUAUGCUUCAUCAUGAUACGCACAUGAGCUAUUGUUUUUCCGUUCAAUCCUUUUGCUCUGUUUUAUUUCUCUAAAUGCUUCGAACGCGUUUACUUCAGCCGGAAGACAUGAGUUCUGUUCGAACGCACAGCUACUUACUUGCUACUUUUCUUUUCCUUCACUCGCUUUGACAAAGCCAUUUUCCUUUUUCAGUCUCCCUCCGUCUUGAACAAGGAAGAUUCUCCCUUCUCUGCAUGUCUUCAUUGUUUGUCUUCUCGCGCAGCCAUUUCCUAGUCUUUGCCAAAUAUGUGUUACAGCAUUUGAAUGACAUGGGCGUUUUUUACAAUCUUACUAAACCUUUUGGUUGUCCUUGUGUUUUUCCGCUUUCUAACAAGUUUACGUUUUCUUUUACUGCCACGAGAAAAUAUUUUGAGGUGAACGAGCAACAUUUGUUGUUCUAAAGUAUUAUGCCAGUUUUUUAAACCAUUCGCUUUGUUUCUGACUCAUCACCUUUCAUGACCAAGAGGGGUGUUGAGAAGAAAUGAAUUUAAAAAUUUUAUUUCUCGUUAUCUCUUCUUUGCUUCCGGGUGUGGGUGUAAAUUUGUUAAUGGUCGUAUUGUUUUAAUUCCCUGGAAGCCCUUAUGUAUAUAUACGUAUAUAUCUUGUAGUAUAAAGCGUUGUUGUGUAAUAUUUUUGUGAUAAAUAAAGCAAGCAUUUUGAAAGAAAACUUUUUUUUAGUUGAUAA